GCCAGAAGCCAAUGUUCUGAUCCAGAUCUCCUCCCAUGGGGGGUCAUAGGUCAUCACUAAGUUGGCCGGUAUGGAAGAAGAAGACUUGAUGUUUUCCACCCGAGAUGAGCAACAGCAGCUGCUGAUGAAGGUCCUUGCUGCGUCCGACAUGGACGCUGAGGAGGAAGUGGUGUCCGGGGAGUUUGGCACACGACCACAGUUCUCGAGGCGAACGGGCACCAUGAGCUCCAUGUCCGGUGCAGAUGACGCCGUCUACAUGGAGUAUCACAGCAGAGGCAGCAAAUCCUCCCAACUCAAGGGCGUUCAUCCGCUGUUCAAACGCUUCAGAAAAUAGAUGACUGACUGAGACGUUCACACCGAAAUACCUACUCUGUUGCUUAUCAACUGAUUGAGCUGGUUUCACAGAACUGCAUUUUCUCUUUUUGAAACCCGAAUUGACCUGAGUUAAUCAGCUUUUGAGUGAAUGUGGCAAAGAUUUGAAAGGUUUAUACAUCACAACCUUAAUUCACAUAAAUCGGUGGAUACUACAGAUCAGUGUUCCUGGUUGUGCCCCAUGAUGUUAUUGUAAGUUAAUAUGAUUUGUUAGAGAGUUUACUUUGUAAUGUUG